CCGGAAGGAAGCCUCAGCGGCUGACUAUGGCGGCCGCCGCGGAGCAGUGGGUCCUGGUGGAGAUGGUCCAGGCGCUGUACGAGGCUCCUGCUUACCAUCUUAUUUUGGAGGGAAUUCUAAUUCUCUGGAUAAUCAGACUUCUGUUCUCUAAAACUUACAAGCUACAAGAACGUUCUGAUCUUACAGUCAAGGAGAAGGAAGAACUGAUCGAGGAGUGGCAGCCAGAGCCUCUCGUCCCUCCCGUGCCAGCGGGCCAUCCCGCCCUCAACUACAACAUCGUUUCCGGCCCUCCGAGCCACAACAUUGUGGUGAAUGGGAAAAAAUGUGUAAACUUCGCCUCGUUUAACUUUCUUGGAUUACUGGACAACCCUCGGGUCAAGGCGGCGGCUCUGGCGUCUCUGAGGAAGUACGGCGUGGGCACCUGCGGGCCUCGCGGCUUUUACGGCACGUUCGAUGUGCACCUGGACCUGGAAGACCGCCUGGCGAAGUUCAUGCAGACCGAGGAGGCCAUCAUCUACUCGUACGGGUUCGCCACCAUCGCCAGCGCCAUCCCCGCCUACUCCAAGAGAGGCGACAUCGUGUUCGUGGACAGAGCUGCGUGCUUUGCUAUUCAGAAAGGAUUACAGGCGUCACGUAGCGACAUUCAGUUAUUUAAGCAUAAUGACAUGGCGGACCUGGAGCGACUCCUGAAAGAACAAGAGAUCGAAGAUCAAAAGAACCCUCGGAAGGCUCGGGUCACACGGCGUUUCAUUGUAGUGGAAGGCCUGUACAUGAACACGGGGACGAUCUGUCCCCUCCCGGAGCUGGUCAAGUUAAAGUACAAAUACAAAGCAAGAAUCUUCCUGGAGGAAAGCCUGUCGUUUGGGGUCCUGGGAGAGCACGGCCGAGGCGUCACUGAACAUUUCGGGAUCCGCAUUGACGACAUUGACCUUAUCAGUGCCAACAUGGAGAACUCCCUCGCUUCCAUCGGAGGCUUCUGCUGCGGCAGAUCUUUUGUGAUCGACCAUCAGCGACUCUCCGGCCAGGGGUACUGCUUCUCCGCCUCGCUGCCCCCGCUGCUGGCCGCCGCCGCCAUCGAGGCUCUCAACAUCAUGGAGGAGAACCCAGCUAUCUUUUCAGUGUUGAAGGAAAAGUGCAAACGAAUUCAUAAAGCAUUGCAAGGCAUUUCGGGGUUGAAAGUAGUGGGGGAGCCCUUUUCCCCCGCGCUCCACCUCCAGCUGCAGGAGAGCACCGGCUCCCGGGAAGACGACGUUAAGCUGCUUCAGGAGAUCGUGGACCACUGCAUGCAGCGGAGCAUCGCGUUAACCCAGGCACGCUACCUGGAGAAAGAGGAGAAGUGCCCCCCGCCCCCGAGCAUCAGGGUCGUGGUCACCGUGGAGCAAACAGACGAAGAACUGGAGAGAGCUGCCCGCACGAUCAAGGAGGCGGCCCAGGCCGUGCUGCUGUAGGGGCCCCAGGGCCGGGGGCGGCCGCCAUUCGGCCCUCGAGAGGCCCCGCCUCGCCGCCCAGCGACCUGGGAGGGGCCUGCAGGUGCCUGGCGGUGGGCGUGGACUCGACGCACGGCCACGAGAAGGAUGCUGGUUAUUCUCACUCACUCACACACACACACACACACACACACCCCCCCCCCCCCCCCAAAAGCCCAGGAACUGAUUUUUUUAAGAAGAAAACUAAUGAUAGCAAACAACUGGUAUUUAAAUUGUGCGGUUUCGUACUAUUUAAAUGUUUUAUUAUACUAGUAUUUUAUAUUCUUUUGUUGUUGCCGUUUAAAAAUGGAGCUUCGGUUUGUCUUUCCUCCCCUACUAGUAGUUGUGCAGGCGCCCCUAACACGUCCUAGGAGAGCGCCUCACCAUUUAGGACCCAAACCACACUUGCAAGGAUCUGAUUCAGCCCCGUCUUAUUCAGUCUGCAUCCUGGGACGCCCGGUAGUGGCUAACACAUAAGGAAACACUUUUUGUGCGAUUAUGAUAAACUUUUCAUUUUCUUUGAAUCCUGGGGUUUUUAUAUACACUAAAUAUUGAUGUUACUCCAUUUCUAACAGCUGAUCUUAGCAUCCCUAACUAGAGAACGAAUAGUCAUUAUAUUUCCUAAGUGAGCAAUAAUUUAAAUCAAAUACUAUUUUAUUUUAAUAUAAUUGACCUUUACGUGUAUUAUGUGUUGACUUCUAAUCUCUUUUAGGAGGAGCGUUACUGUGAUGAUCCCAGAAUAGAAAUCACGUCCUUGAUAUUUUAGACUGUCUUGAAUGUAUUCCUUUUUUGUAGAGUAGGUUUGCCUAAGGACAGAGAACUACAGUCUUUUUCUAAGCUAAGAAAAAUUAUUUUUAUUUUGAGCUUAUGAAUUCCAAAUAUCUAAAAAUGUGAAUGCACUAAAAAUAAAGUUUUUAGGCUGUACUUUAGCUGUUGUCUCUCAUGCCGUGUGCCACAGGUAGUGUGGGUAUUACACCGUUGUUUCUUCUCUUGGGAAAGGGAAAGGAGUAAAACUGUCAGGAGAAAAAUAAUUCCAUUUUAUAAUCUGUGUUCAUAUUAUAUGGGCUUCAACAUCUUUUUAAAUAACACUUUUUAAUGUUUAGUUUCUAUUUUGCUUGAGGUAUUUCGUACACAUGUGCCUUGUGAUCGCUGCUGCUUUAAAGGAUACAGUACUGUCUUUGCGGAUGGAUCUUUUCGUUAUAUUUUUUAAUGAAAUAAAUCUACAUUCCUGAUAA